AUGUCAUCCAACAGGAGCCAGAAUCCCCAUGGACUGAAGCAGAUUGGCCCUGACCAGACCGGGGAUGACCUCAGAGCUGGAAUCCAGCAAGUGUAUACCAGACAAAGCAUGGUGAAAUCCAGAUACAUGGAACUCUACACUCAUGUUUAUAACUACUGCACGAGUGUGCACCAGUCAAACCAAGCUCAAGAGGCUGGUGUCCCUCCUUCUAAAUCAAAAAAGGGGGAGACGCUGGAGGGAGUUCAGUUAGUUGGCUUGGAAUUGUACAAACAGCUUAAAGAAUUUUUGAAGAAUUACUUGACAAAUCUUCUUAAGGACGGAGAAGAUUUGCUAGAUGAGAGUGUACUGAAGUUCUACACUCAACAAUGGGAAGAUUACCGGUUUUCAAGUAAAGUGCUGAAUGGCAUUUGUGCCUACCUCAAUAGAUAUUGGGUUCUCUGCGAAUAUUACGGAGGACGAAAAGGAAUCUACCAAAUCUAUUCUCUUGCAUUCGUGACUUGGAGAGAUUGUCUUUUCAGGCCAUUGAAUAAACAGGUAACAGAUGCGCUGAUUGAAAAGGAAAGAAAUGGUGAAACCAUCGAUACAAGACUAAUGGUGAAACCACAAUCUUACGUGGAACUGGGGCUGAACGAAGACGAUGCCUUGGCGAUGGGCCCUAGGCUAAAGGUGUACAAAGAAUCCUUUGAGUCUCGGUUUUUGGCUGACACAGAGAGAUUUUAUACCAGAGAGAGUACCAAAUUCUUGCAGCAGAACCCAGUUACUGAAUAUAUGAAGAAGGCAGAGACUCGUCUGCUGGAGGAGCAGCGGAGAGGCCAGUACCUUCAUGAGAACACCCAAGAAGAGCUAGCCAGGAAGUGCAGGCAGGUGCUCAUUGAGAAACACUUGGAGAUCUUCCACAGGGAAUUUCAGAAUUUAUUGGAUGCCAACAAAAGUGAAGAUUUGGGUCGCAUGUAUAAUCUUGUAUCUAGAAUCCAGGAUGGCCUGGGAGAAUUGAAAACACUCCUGGAGACACACAUUCAUAAUCAGUGUAUUGCGGCAAUUGAAAAGCGUGGAGAAGCUGCUUUAAAUGACCCCAAAAUGUAUAUACAGACAGUGUUGGAUGUUCAUAAAAAAUACAACGCCCUGGUGAUGUUGGCAUUCAGCAACAAUGCUGGCUUCGUGGCUGUGCUGGACAAGGCUUGCGGUCGCUUCAUACACAACAAUGCGGUUACCAAAAUGGCUCAGUCGUCCAGUAAAUCUUCCGAGUUGCUGGCUGGAUACUGUGACUCCUUGUUGAAGAAGAGGUCCAAGAACCCAGAAGAAGCAGAACUAGAAGACACACUCAACCAAGCGAUAGCGGUCUUCAAGUAUAUAGAGGACAGGGACGUGUUUCAGAAGUUCUACGCAAAGAUGCUGGCAAAAAGCCUUGUUCAUCAGAACAGUGCGAGUGAUGACGCCGAAGCAAGCAUGAUCGCUAAGUUAAAGCAAGCUUGCGGUUUUGAGUAUACCUCUAAACUUCAGCAGAUGUUUCAAGACAUUGGUACAAGCAAAUAUUUGAAUGAGUGGUUCAAAAAGCACCCGACAAAUUCAGAGCCGCUGGGCUUGGAUUUCAGUAUUCAAGUUCUGAGCUCCAGAUCAUGGCCUUCUCAGCAGUCCGGUACGUUUGCCUUGCCGUCAGAGCUGGAACGGAGUUAUCAGCGCUUGACAGCGUUUUACGCCAGCCGUCACAGUGGCAGAAAAUUGACGUGGUUAUAUCAACUGUCUGAAGGAGAAUUAGUAACAAACUGCUUCAAAAACAGAUACACCUUGCAGGCAUCUACAUUCCAGAUGGCCAUCCUGCUCCGGUACAACACGGAAGACGCUCACGCCGUGCAGCAGCUGAUGGACAGCACCCAGAUCAAAACUGACAUUUUUGCACAAGUGCUACAGAUCUUAUUGAAGUUGAAGUUACUGGUAUUGGAAGAUGAAAAUACACCUGUUGAUGAGAUGGAAUUGAAGCAAGAUACCUUAAUAAAAUUAUAUCUUGGUUAUAGAAACAAGAAAUUAAGGGUUAAUAUCAAUGUGCCAAUGAAAAUGGAACAGAAGCAGGAACAAGAAACCACACACAGAAACACCGAGGCAGAUCGUAAACUAUUGAUCCAGGCGGCUCUCGUGAGAAUUAUGAAAAUGAGGAAGGUUCUAAAACACCAGCAGUUACUUGGAGAAGUACUGACUCAGCUCUCCUCAAUAUUCAAGCCUCGGAUCCCAGUAAUUAAGAAAUGCAUUGACAUUCUGAUCGCGAAAGAAUAUUUGGAGCGAGUGGAUGGUGAACAGGACACCUACAGUUACUCAGGAUCAGAACUGCUCAGGAUCGCCACGCUUCAAGUCUGUAAAUACGGACACCGAUGCCAUUUAACCUAA